UGACCGAACAAUUUGAAGUCACCGUUUUACAACCAGUAAUGCUGUGUCUCCAUCACCUCAGAUGUAUCACCCACAUCACGAUCCUUGCCUUGCUGGUACAGGUUUCACGGGCUGCUGACACAUGGAUGACCGCAUUAGAUACAUACUUCCAGAUUGCGUGUCCGACCGGUCAGACUAUCAAACAUCUAGAGAGCGUACACGACAACACACACGAGGACCGGGUCUGGAACAUUUCUUGUGCCCGCCUACCGAAUUGGGUGGACCUCACCGAAUGCGAGUGGAGCGGUGAGUUAAUCAUUUCAUUUUCACUGUAGGUGCAUUACACACAAUUGUAAUCCUUAGACUAGUAAUUUCAUUACACACAAUUGUAAUCCUUAGACUAGUAAUUUUACCCACCAUUGAUGUGUUUCAUUAAUCGAAUAAUUUUUUUUUUCAAAUAAAUUUUUUUUUUUUUUAAAUACCUAAAAACAACUCUUUCCUUAAAUUAACAUUUUGCAUGGAAUUUAACUACAUAUUCUGAAAAUGAAGAAAUGUGUCAAAGACUGUCUCUCCGUUUGUUCCAGACAGACACACAGCAGGAAAUAUAUAUAUACACACGGUUGGUGACCUAGAAAGUAUUUCAAGUUGAGAACCGUUCCCUGCAGCAAAACGUUUAUUUCAUAUUUUCAUUACGGCUCAAAGGUUGCCAUGACAAUCAAUUCACUGUACACCCAUCUUAUGGUAAAUAAUAAUAACCUUUGACCCUUCACACUCUCCAGGUUACCAGAACAACUACGACGAGACUGUUAUAUUCCAGUGUCCCGAUGACGACGUCAUCACAGGGAUAGAAUCAAUUCACGACAAUUCGAAAGAAGACAGAAUGUGGUCUUUCCAGUGUUGCAAUCCACAAGGUAACUCGUGUCGUCACUGUAUUAUGGAGUUCUAAGUUAAAAUGGUCUUUCACACUCCAAAUAAAAAAAAGAUGUGUAGCUAAACAUUUUCAAAGAAAGUUUGGCAUAACUUAAGAAAAAAAACUUUAAUCUGAUAAUCUUUUAUAUAUAUUGCGCUUCUGGUGUGAUUUGUGGACUGCUUCCAUAUUUUGCUGCUUCCUAAUCAGCGAAUUCGGUAUUGAGAGUAUAUUAAAAAUAAUUCUAAAUGUUUGAAAGAAAGUGUGCUUCAAUAAUGAGUUCAAUAGCGCGCAAAAUAUAACUCCCGAUAACCACGCUAAUUGAUUUAUUUUUUUUAACGCAACUGCGUUUGGCGCGUAAUAUUUUCUUCUCAGAAAAUGAAAUCGUCUUAAUUUAAGUAAGGUGUAAAAAUAUUUGGCUUAAAAGUGGUUGGGACAUCAGAAUAUUUCAUAUAGUUCAUGGGCGUGAAUUAAAUAUUGGGCUUCUUAAAUAUGCGUUACUUGAGCUCAUGUUUUGUCAAGUAACUUUACUAGAUGGGAAGCUCACACAUUGCUGUCGUCAAUGUCUGGCGGGGUACAUCUAGUACUUAAAUAAUAAUUGUAAAUUGUAUUUAACUAAAGGCGCUUCCUGAAAUAAAAAUCUUGAAAUACUAUGUAAUCGACCAAAACUUGGUUAGACCGCGUUGAGAUAUUGAAUAUGUCACUAGAGUAACCCCCAAAACAAAUUUCAAAUCGCAAGUGUAAUCGGAAUCGAGAUAAAAUCUUUGUGUAGAGAAGUAAAAGACGAUAUACAAGGUAACAGAAUCGUCAAAUAUAAUACAACUUUAUCUACAUGGUUGGUUAUUGACUAAUAGAAAUUGGUUCCAUAACAUUUUCCUUUGCUACACUUGAGACCCGAUUAGUUUCUCUGACUGACCGGUCUGUGCUUUUUGUCUUGUCUCGUGCAGAUUAUGUGACUCACUCUUGCUUGUACACACCGUUCAUGAACACAUACGACAACUUGCUGAACUACAGGGUGCCAGUCGACUAUGUGCUCAGGGGAGUGGAGAGUAUUAAUGACGAGAGCCAUAGGUAAGUUAUCAAAGAUGAAUGGGCUUUAAAAGUAAAUUGCAAGACUUCACCAACACUUUAUACACUGGCAAAGAAAAGGGGCGGAGAUUGUGCAAGAUUUUUCUAAAGUUCUUGGACCAAAUGGGACUUGCACACGUGACUGCUCGAUCGGAAAUUUGGAAUGAUGAGGAUGAAAAAGACAACAAAAAAAAGCACUCUAUGUAUGCUCCACACAACACUGUAACAGCUAGCCAUCCACACAACACUUUAAAAGCUAGCCAUCCACACAACACUGUACGAGCUAGCCAUCCACACAACACUGUAAGAGCUAGCCAUCCACACGACACUUGCAGUGCUACCCAUCCACACGACACUGUCAGUCCUACCCAUUCAUUCAAGUCUUCUCUGUAGGUGCUUCCCAUCUAACGUAACUCUUUAGGUGAUACUAAUUGAAAGUAUGUUUGAAAGCGCUACUCUACAACACAGGAGUCCCUUGGGUUGGUGUCACCCGGCUGCGGCACACUCAUGGUGUCGCCCCUACUCAUGGUGUCACCCCUACUCAUGGUAUCAAUCCUUACUCAUGGUGUCACCCCUACUCAUGGUGUCACCCCUACUCAUGGUGUCACCCCCUACUCAUGGUGUCACCCCCUACUCAUGGCGUCACCCGGCUGCGGCACACUCUAGGUGUCACUCCUUAAUCAUGGUGUAACCCCCUACUCAUGGUGUCACCCUUACUCAUGGUGUCACCCCCUACUCAUGGCGUCACCCGGCUGCGGCACACUCUAGGUGUCAUCCCUUACUCAUGGUGUCACCCCCUACUCAUGGUGUCACCCUUACUCAUGGUGUCACCCCUUACUCAUGGUGUCACCCCCUACUCAUGGUGUCACCCCCUACUCAUGGUGUCACCCCCUACUCAUGCUGUCACCCGGCUGUGGCACACUGUAGGUGUCACCCUUACUCAUGGUGACUUCCAUACCCCCACGCCGACCUGUAAUUUUCCACCAGAUCAUAUGGAAUCGAUUAUAUCAUUAAAAAAAACAAAAGCAACACAAGCAACCAUACGGCCCUGGUCUUCAAAGACGCAAACCUGUCAAUCACUUCAUCAACAUUCUUCACCAUCACUUUCAAUUGAUACAAUCGCAAGACCACAAGUCCUGGACUUUAUUAUUAUUAAGAUGGUUUUAUGUAGCGCAGUACCACACAGCCUAGGGCUAAGUUCACUGCGCUUCACAUACAAAUUAGCAGUUCAGAAAGGUAUAUAUUUAAAUUAGCAAUUGGUGAAAACCUUGACCUCACCCACCCAGGCACUAUCUACUCCUGUCUAGCCAUGGGCAUCACCCUGCAGAAUCGAGCGUUGUUUUUUCAGUCGGGGGGGGGGGGGGGGGGGGGAUAAGAAUGAGUCGGAAUAGUACAGUUUGAAGAGAUGGGUCUUGACGGCAGUUUUGAAAGCUGGGGCGAUCGGUAUAUUGCGGAUGUGUAAUGGGAGAGAAUUCCAAAGUAGAUUGCUGAUUAUUCUUUAAAAGUUUCAAUUUUCAAAACUAACUUUACAUGGAACCACAGACACACAUCUCAUGUGAGAAAUAAUUGUAGAGCUUAGUCAGAGAGUUUAGGAGAGAGUCUACAGGCAGUCGAAAUUAGUUAAGAAUUUUUAAAACUUGAAAUAGUGACCACUCGUCGCCGUUAUUUUCUGCUACUUUCAGUUGACGUAAUAUUUCAAUUGAAAUUCACUCAUAAAAAUGAACAGUUUUGUGAAAGGACGUCAUUACCAGAUUGAAUAUAUACAACGAUAGAGAGUAUCAUUUCUUAUGAUAAACGAAAGGCAGACGUGGUCAGGCUUUUGAAUAUUUAUGUUUAAUGUGAAACAACACAGAAUGGAUAUUUUGACCUUCAAGUUUUAUCCUUCAUGUUGGUCUGAAGUGAACAGUAACAAAUCAUGUCCCGUUCAGGGGGUCGCAAGCUUAAGGUGUGCCGCCGAUCUCAUGGGAUAACGCGAUAGACACAUUUGGCUGGCAACCUGAUCUUGUGGUGGCAGUCUGUAUUUAGGGUAUUCUGGUCUGGUGGCACUCUGGUCUGGUGGCACUCUGGUCUGGUGGCACUCUGGUCUGGUGGCACUCUGGUCUGGUGGCACUCUGGUCUGGUGGCACUCUGGUCUGGUGGCACUCUGGUCUGGUGGCACUCUGGUCUGGUGGCACUCUGGUCUGGUGGCACUCUGGUCUGGUGGCACUCUGGUCUGGUGGCACUCUGGUCUGGUGGCACUCUGGUCUGGUGGCACUCUGGUCUGGUGGUACUCUGGUCUGGUGGCACUUUUCUCUUGUACAUAUUUUAAGAAACCGACUCGAGCGAGCUUUGCCAAAUUAGCAAUUAUGCAUUUGUGUCACUCCCCUGCAAGUAUGUAACCCAGUGUGGACUGCACUCUCGCACCCCCACCCCCAGGGACACUACUGCCCAACGCUCAAAUCUAUGUUGUAGAUAAUUCCCAUCCACACAACUGUUAUAUAACUGUAUAAAUGUUGCUUUAAUGCGUAGAGAUUUUGUUGUAGCUUUGAAUGUUAAAUACAAAUGCACUCAUUUAUUCCCAGGGACAGAAUCUUCAAGUUUGAGAUCUGCAAGCUCGCCCCGGCAGAUUCUAACACUCACGGUAUUGUUGGUUGACGGAAGUGACGUCAUUCUUUGCCUAAAAAGUCAACGAGCAUGAACUUUUGUGAAAAGAAAUGUUAAAUGUGGAGUGAAUGAUUUUUUUUGUUGGUACUAUAAACAUAAGUGCUGAUUCGGGUACUGACCCAGAUACCCGGAAAUGACGAAAAUUAGUUCCCUCGACAUGUACCCGGACCAGGCAAAAUUUAGAACCGCGUCCGCGUGUUAAAAUAAAGAAUUACUUGUUCACUUUCUGUAAUGUGAGUAAUACAGAAUCAGUAUGUAGUUGAUACAUUCAUUUUGUGCACAUCUAUGCAUGAAUUAAAUAAGUAAUUAUAAUAAAACUGACUGGCGAUUGCUGCGAAACUAAAUGUAAGCUAAAUGAAACUAAAUGCACGCUAAAUGAAACUAAUUGUAAGCUAAAUGAAACUAAAUGUAAGCUAAAUGAAACUGCAGGAUGAAAAUAAUAACGUACUUGCUUUGAAUUUGUUGUAAAUAUUUGUCUUGGCAGCCAGCAUAUCUGUCGUUAUGACCGUGGCAUAUCUCUAUCUAAAAUGAACAUCACAAUUCACAUGCUGACUCAUGGCUAAUGAUGCGGAGUUGACAAAGUUUAAGCGGAUCAUUAAAUUCAAUAAUAGCUCUGACUCAAACAUAAGUAGGGAUAACAUGUGUAUUUAGGGAUAACAUGUGUAUUUAGGGAUAACAUGUGUAUUUAGGGAUAACAUGUGUAUUUAGGGAUAACAUGUGUAUUUAGGG